GUUGGCAUUUGGCAUAUUAUAAUUUUCUUAUUUUUCGGCUCAGCUGAAAUCAACAUUAAUAUAUAAUUGCCUUGUUUUAAUGGUUUAAAGCUAAAUAAUCAAUUAUGCAUGUAUCAUUUACAUAAUUUAGCACAUUAUUUGGAAGUUUAUUAUAAAAAUGACAUCGAUUACAGACGGUGAACAUCACCAAACCAAAAAGUUACGUUUCAAGACAGUUUCUAGUGUUCAGCAGUCUUUGAGUGAUAUCAGUGGAGAUAAAAGUACUAAAGAAGUAAAAUGCAAAGAUGGGGACAAGUCGGCAUCAUUGUUUGCAUUUUUACAUGUUGAGCUCACUCGGGGCUAUUUACUGGAACAUGACGAAGAACGCUUUUCGGCAAGGCGGGAAAAAGUGUACUCUUUUAUAAAAAUACCUCAAGAAUUGGAGAAGUUCAUGGCCUAUGGUUUUUUCCAAUGUGCUGAUUCUUUGUUGUUUGUUUACACAUUUCUUCCCUUGAGAUUUCUAAUAGCAUUUUGGUCUUUUUUUAACAGACUCGUUAGGAGAUGUUUUGGAUUGUAUUCACAUCCUAACAAAAGUAUUUUAAAACCAGCAGAGACAUGUGAUGUGCUCAAGGGCUUUAUAUUAGUUAUAUGCAGUAUACUAAUGUGUUAUAUAGAUACAAAUAUGAUGUAUCAUUUAGUGAAAAGUCAGAGUGUUAUGAAGUUGUACAUAUUUUAUAAUAUGCUGGAAGUUGGAGACAGAUUGUUUUCUGCAUUUGGUCAGGAUACAAUUGAUGCACUAUUUUGGACUGCAACAGAGCCAAGAGAUAGAAGAAGAGAGCACUUGGGUGUUAUCCCACAUCUUUUAUUUGCCAUGACCUAUGUGUUUUUACACAGUUUGUUAGUGUUGUUUCAAGCUACAACACUUAAUGUGGCUUUCAACUCCAAUAACAAAAGUCUUCUUAUUAUUAUGAUGUCAAAUAAUUUUGUAGAGUUAAAAGGAAGCGUAUUUAAGAAGUUUGACAAAAACAAUUUAUUUCAAGUGUCUUGCAGUGAUGUUAGAGAACGGUUACACUUGUCUGUUCUGCUUUUUAUUGUGGUUCUGCAAACUAUGAAAGAAUACAUGUGGAAAGAAGAACGUUUCUGGAUCCUUGCUCCUGACUGUAUUCUUGUCCUCACUUUUGAAGUAAUCAUUGAUUGGGUAAAACAUGCUUUUAUUACAAGAUUUAACGAAAUUCCAUAUGGAGUGUAUAGAGAAUAUACAGUGAGCUUGGCUUAUGAUGUUGCACAGACUAGGCAGAAAUAUGCAUUCAGUGAUCAUUCAGAUUUGGUGGCUCGAAGAAUGGGUUUUAUACCUCUCCCACUUGGUGUGGUUAUAACAAGAGUGCUUGUGCAUGCUGUCAAAGUUGAUGGGUUAGCGGCCAUAUUGUUGGUAUUCAUCGCAUAUCUGAGUUUGAUAUCGGUACGAGUACUUGUGUCGAUUGUAAUAUUGGGUAAAGCUUGUGACUUGAUUGCGCAACACCAGACAGACAAGAACGAUAACAUUCAUCCAACACCGAAAAAGGAGGCAAAGGAUUUGUACAGUAGGGAGACACCGACCCCGCACAAAUCUCCUGAAGUGGAAGUAGCGCCUCAUAAAAGUCCAGCCCAGUUGCAAUAUCUUGUAUCAGAAGAUGCCAUUAUGACCGAGCCUUUAGUGGACGCAUCUGUUGGAGCAGCAGCGCUGUUUUCUAACAGCGCCAUUGAUUUAAAUGGUGUUUGUUACCUCAAUGAUAAGAUGAACGCUCAAAUCAAGCAAGAAUCUGGUGAUUAUUUAGAUACAGAAAUUGGCGACGUGAGCCGCAGUGCGCCCGACGUGCAGUGCGGCGCGGCGCCGGCCGAGGCGGAGCGGCCGCGCUCGGCGGAGGGGGCGCGCGAGGGGCUGACGCGCCGCGCCGAGUCCGAGCCCAACCUCGCCAAGGCCGACGAGGACGCCGCCUAGCACUCUGUGCUGUUUCAUCCAUAUAUUGUAAUUGUUUCAUUUACACGGUCUAGUCUUGGUUUGGUUGAAUAAAUUCAUUACGUUGGUUUUACGGUGAUACGGAACCAGUCGGGCGAGUGUGUGCAAUGGUAUAUUAUAUUUGUCGGUUUUGUAUGAAUUUGUUGUCCAUGUCAUGACGGUGAUAUAUUUAUUAUUAUGAUAGCCUACCGGACCGCGUUGCAGAUUGUAUUGUGUAUGUAUGUACGUGUACUCCAUAAAUAUUAUAAAAUGUAAGUAGACAUAGGCGUUAAAUUCAGUCGAACUAUGUUAUUACACAACUCUAUAAUAAUUAAUAAUAUAGCCCUGUCGGUAUAUGUUCCAAUACCAAUAAGCAGAUUGUUGCGUGUAGGUACCUACUUUUGCGUUGUGUGAUUAGAUAUAUAUUUGACAAACUUGUGAUGGCUACUUGUUAUAAUCAGUAUCGUUUAAACAUAACAAUCUGAGUAGGAUUACCGUGUAAUUUAUUUUAAAUAUUUAUAUUGUAAAUAUACAUAACAUUAAUUAAAAAAUAAAAUCAGCAUGUUCAGCAUGUAUUUUUAUAUUGUGCGUUAGUUAGGUGAGAAAUACUUGUUAAUUGGCAAUAGAGUUAAAUUAUUGUUGCUUAAAUUUUAAGACUGAUAUGACUUGGGUGCUUAGAGUCGAGGAGUCCGUCAUAGGACUCCUUGGUUAUUUGAAUUAAAUGCUUAUACCAGUGCAAUUAGAAUUUAUCCUCGUAAUACAGUUAUAGUGAACGGUAUUGAAUAAUUUCGUUUUUUUUUCUCAUUAUCACAUAGAUAAAACUUUAUUGUUUAAAUUUUUUAUUAUUUUUCCUUUUUUCUAUCACCUUAAUUUCAAUCCUUAUUUUUAGGUUAAAAUGAUUCUUGCCAUAGACCACGAAUUACUCUACACAUUUAUUGUCCUAAGGGGCAUAGAUAUAUUUUCUUUGUUUCCCUAUUUCAUUUUUAACUGACUUCUUUUAUUAAUAUAAUAGAAAAUAAAAUAUCUUUGGUUCGAUUCCCAAGUAUGUAAAUUUUGUGUGGAUUUUUAAAAUACAGUACUAGGAUGGCGUCUACUGCUUUACUAUGAACAAAAGUAGUCGUAAAAACAAAGCCAAAAGUACCUACAUCAAGAAAAAUUGUGGUACGCUGAUACCACAUUGUAGUAAGAAAUACACAGAGGGGCAACUAGAAGCGGAAAUCCUUUGACAAAAUAAAUCAUACUUAUUCAAAUAAACCACGCUACAAAGAAACAUAUGACACACAGUAGGUCGAAACAAACGAUUUAUGCUUACUUUAAUCUAUAAUUAGCGGAAUUCUAACUCGGCAAAUUUCUUAAAAUUCCGGCUGGAACACUAAAAUAAUGUCUUAUUAUCUCAUUGCUAUGUGGGUAGUCCGAUGAUGUAUCCAAUAUUUCGGAACCUCAAGAAUUUGAUAGGCUUAUUCUAAACAUUUUUUUCACUCCUCUCUGAUUUUAAGGCGGUUUCCCAGCAAAAAGCCGCGGUAAAAAAAUUUUGGAAGCUAUAUUCGAAAUUUGUAAGUCAUACAAAAAAAAUAUACAUCAUAUUUCUACAAUAUGUUACCUUUACUUUGGUUGUUUUCAUUUUUAUAUAUUGUUUCCUUAUUUUUAUAAUGAUAGUGUUACUAAAAUUGUUGAUUUAACUUAUUAGAUAGACAAUUUUAUAAGGGAUAUUUUGGUAGUUUAAUAUUUUCAAAAAGACCUAAAAUUAAGUUUUUACCUAAAUUAUUUGUAUUACAUAUUAUUCUCGCCGUAAAUGUAAAGCUCAAAAGCUCAAGGCAGUUUGCUCGAGGGAAGGCCUUAAGAUUCCUCUCCAGUGCGAGUGUCGCCUUGAGACCUUAUUCUCUAUGCCACACGUUAUUUUGACCUUGUUUUGAGAUUUUGACAGCGCGUGACAAACACGUAACGCACCGCAUCUUUUUAAAGUCUAUAUAAUUUGGCAUACGAAAUACCAUUCCAUGGUAAUUUCAUGAAGAUAACGUAAUAAUGCUGCAUUUGCCUUUAAAAGGUCAUAGGGAAUAAGGCCUUGAAGCAGCAUUGUACUAUAUUUGUGUAGCGUCUCCAUCUAUCGGCUGUGUCAGGAACUUAAUAUAACAAUGUAGAACUAUCAAGUUAAAGGUUUUCUUUAUCAAAACUAUUCCAAAAUAUAUAUUUAAAGGAUCAUACAUUUUAUUAUGAUUCGUGUAAUCUACAUUACACAAUCAGUCAUACAUACGUUUUGAUCAUGCUCAAACGUCAGCAACGAAGGUCUAAAAUAUUGCUAAGAAAUAUAGUCUUCUACGCACCAUCUAUUGGAUUUUAAAGGAACUUUAUGUGUUCGAAUGUAGAGAGGUAACACAUUUUGUAAUUGUGUUUUCUCGUACGAUGGUAGAUAGCAGCUCGAUCACUUAAUCCCUUCUUCAGUAUAAUUUCCUGGGCGAAUUGAAAGAUACAGGAAAUUAAUAAUUACACCGUGUUCUAGUAUAAAACAAUUUGUCAUUUAAUUACCUUCAUAGGAAUUAUAUUACCUUCUUCUAAUCAAUAGGUUGUAAAAAUUAAUUACUCUUCCAAAGUUGUACCUAAACAUUUUUAUACAUAGAUUUGUUGGCUAUAUAUUGCAAAUAUUUUAUCAAUUAUACAGUUCAUAUUUAUAAGUUCAUAGCAAUAAUUUUCAUUACACUCAAAUAAGUGUUUUGUUUCGAUUCUUGAUUUUAUGAAAGUCCAGGUUGCAAACAAAGUUACGUCAUAAUGAGGGAUUGAAUGUUGUUACGAAAGAAUGCUAGAAAUAAGAUCAGUGUAGAUGUCUUUAGGGGAGAUUUAUGUUCAGGAGAAGAUAUAAUUUUUUUGCUGAUAAUACCUAUGUUAGGAGUACUGCUACCACUGGUAAGACAACCAACCAGGAACUGUUAGUUGCCGGCAAUGUACACUUUAAGAGAAAUCGUAAGGUGGAGGACGCUAGCAGCUAACCAGCCAGCUGUUGGCAGAAUGUGAAUUUGGAAUUGGGUGCAAAAGUAAAGUAUUCAAUAAAAAAUAGGCAAAUCGUAACCUUUGACGUCAACGUCUUGUUUCGUUGUAUAUAUUUUAAUCCCUAUUUGUUCCAUUUAUUUUAACUAUUUUAUUAUUUUCACUUGCAGUGAUCAAGGUAAUUAGGUGGAAUAAUUCAGGAAUGAGAGCAAAGCAGUACCAUCGCAUUUAGCAAGUUUAAAAACUGUAUAAUGUUUACGUGAAUUUUCGUUAUUAAUUUAAUUCUACUGCUAUCGUCACUGCAGGUAUUUUCAUUGCUUGCUAUGUAAUUACCUACUAUCGAUGGGUCUCUAAUGACUACGUUUAGUUUGUAGCGACUCCAUCUUUCUCUUAACAAAUAUAGAGAUAAGACAAUGCUG